GCCCUGAUCGUGAAAGUACAUACACAGUUGGGGCACUAUGCCGUGGAACGGACCGUACAGAUGCUGCAGACCAUGUACUGGUGGGCGGGCCUGAGAAGAGAAGUGAAGGAAGUGCUGGCCAGAUGUGAGCCAUGCAGCCAGAGCAAGGCAAAGCUGGAGCGAACCAAGGCAGAGCUGCAGUCUCUACCCAUCGGUUCAAUCGGGUAUCGCUGGUCCUUAGACAUGGUGGGGGAAAUGCCGCUAUCUCGGCGAGGCAAGCAAUACAUUCCGUGAUGAUCGAGCUCACGAGCAAGUGGAUAGAGGUGGCAGCACUGGCAUGGAAGACAGCAGCAGCAGUGGCAAAGGCUUUCACCCAGCAAGUCGUAACCAGGUCGGCGCAUGUGGGGAAGUUCUGACGGACAAGGGUGGAGAAUUUGCGGGAGAAUUCCACGGCCUGCUGCAAGAGGUGGGCAUCACCCAGCGGCGGACUUCACGGUACCAUCCCCGGGCUGAUGGCCUGACAGAGUGAAUGGUCCAGACUCUGAAGAUGGGCCUGAGGAAGUACUGCAAGGAGGAAGAGCAAAGGGAGUGGGACCAACAUCUGCCGUGGGUGGCGGCGGGGUAUCGCUUCAGCAAACAGCAGGCUCUGAAGGAUUAUUCCCCGUACUAUCUGGUUUUCGGGAAGGAGCCAGUGCUGCCGGUGGACGCUCCACUGAUAAUGGUGCACGGAAGGAAGGAGUAGGUGGAGGACCUAGGCAUGGGACUGAGCUGCAAAUUGGGGAUGAGGUGUACCUGAAGGAGCCGCGGCAUAAUACGCUGGAGUGUGGCCUGAGUAAGCAGCGGUGGGUCGUGCGCAGGAAGGAGGAGUCGGGGGUCCUGACACUACAGAAUGCGCCAGGGAGGUCGGUUCAGGAUCAUGUGACG